UGUUAAAAGCAGGUGUUUAAUCGCGCAAAUAAUUUUUAGUUAUAUUAAUUUUUUUUUUUUUAACAAAAUACUCCAAUUAGUAAUUUGUGCCUCAUCGGUUUUUAUAGUAUUAUUCAAAAUGAAUGCGUAUUCAUUAUACAGUAAAUUGAUAUGCAAGAAUUGAAGGAGAUUGCUAAACGUACAUAAGUGAAGGCAACCAAACCAUCAAAAGAAGUUCUAAAAGAAGCGAAUAAAGAAAAUUUUAUAAAUAACUUAAAAAAAUUAAUAAUUUUUUUUAUAAAUUUUAUUCAAAAUAUGAAAACUAAAUUUUAACUGCGCAGUGAGAAAUUUUGUAUAAUUAAAAACGUUGUGAGCAGAGUUUUUUCUAAACAUAACGAGGCGUGUUUGUUGAGUAUUUUUUUUCACAGCAACUCUUCUAUUUCGAGUUGCAAUGAGAAAAUUUAACUUCAUAGUCUAAUAAAAGCGAACAUUUUAAAUUUAUAUUGUCCGAAGAUAAAUAAAUGUUUAAGCCUAAGUAAUUUUGAUUAGCGUUCCGUUUUGGAAAGUUAGCUCUAAAUUACGAACAAUAAAUAUUGCUAGUGAAACAUAAAAGAAAAAGAAGGAACACAACGAAUUUGGAAAACAUUUACAAUAACCACAUCAUCAUCAGUAUAGAAUAGCAAGCAGAAAAUAAUGGGGAUUUUGUAUUGAAAUAAUAAGUAGUAAAUAUGAGAGGAAUACUGGGGGCACUUUGUUCAGGUCAACGUCCAUUGUGAACCACAUAUUUUCCUUGCCUCUCAGGUCAAUUGUUGCUGCUAGUGAGACAAUACGAGUGCAGUUUAUUUUAGCGGGUGACUGUUAAACCUGGCUUAACAAGAAGAUGGCAAUACCACCGCCGCCAGGACCACCACCGCCCCCUGGACCUCCGCCUCCACCAGCAAUGGGUGGUUUAAAAUUGGGCGGCGAUGGAGGGGGAGGGGGAGAUGCUCGUUCAGCUCUACUGCAAUCCAUACAAAAGGGGACUAAAUUGAAAAAGACUACAACCGUAGAUAAAAGUGGUCCGGCUAUGGCCGGUAAGGUGUGCGAUGGAUCUGGAGAUUCGCCAAAGAAGUCUAAUAACUGCCAUAAGAGCCUCAGCAUCAGUAACGGUAGUUCAAUAGACAAUGGAGCUCCUAAAUUAGGUGGUUUAUUCGAGGGUAUGACGGCCAUGCCCAAAUUAAAACCGGUCAAUGGCAACAAAUCUCCCGCCGUUACUCUUAACAAUAUCACUCAAAAUAGCAACAGUCCGCCGCAAGCGCAAACCACCACUAAUACAACCACCACAAGUAAUGGUCCUUUGGACUUUAAUGCAGAACUUAGUAAGCGUUUAACUUUAAAACGACAAAAACAACAACAACAACAACAAAGUCCACACAUCAUUGCUAACGAGACAAAUCUAAGAACGAAUCGUGGACCACCGCCUAUGCCGCCUACGCAACCGCCCAAAAAUCUACCAACGAGUACAUCCGAUUCUGUUUUGGAAAAGAAUAAAACGAACUCAACCAUCACCAACGUACGUUCAACAGUAUAUGCCAAUGAAACAACGAAAUCUUCUUCAACAUCAUUAGUUCAAAGUAAUAACGUUAACAAUGUUCAUAACAAAUUUGCGCAUAAAAUCAACACGGGCGGUACGGUACGAAGUAAAGCGGCCAAUUUAAAUUUGUCGUUAGGUCAUAAUAAUGUUUUUGUAUAUAAUAAUAAUAACAAGAACAAUAAUAUUAAUAACAAUAAUACUAUCAACAACACAACAUCGACACCGACAACAACAACAACAACUAUAUUUUCUAAAAACAAUACAAAUCAUUUCAACCAUUACAACAACAACAGCACAUCAUUGGGUUUCUCCACAGCAACAACAGGUUCUUUACGUAAUUUAGCUCCAAAUAAAUCGUCUUUAUUUUCCACCAAUGCAUCGACAAUGACAGCAACAACGGGUGGUGGUGGUGGUGGUGGUGGUGCUGGCAGUAGUAGUAACGGUGUUAGCAAUGGUGGUAGUCCCGUUAGUUCGGCUUCACCAUCGCCACCUGCAAAAUCACCAACACCUCUUGUUAAACCGAAUCAUGGCAAACCGAAUUUUGCUCCUAAACCUCCAGGUUUGCAACAACUGGCCAUGGCGAGUGGCCAGCGUCCGGCCGUAGCACGUCAUCAUAGCAUGCGAUCACCCAGGUCACCACCCAUAGUGGGCUCUAAUGGAGGCUCUUUAUUCUCUACGCAACAGCAUUUCGGUACGAUGCGUACACCUCUAACACAGUCCCACGAGGCUAUUAAUUCAAGUUUACGCACAGCGCCGUUACCACCCAUUGGACGCCCAACAGUAGCUCCACCCAAGCCGCCUAGUGUUAAGCCUCCGCCACCACCCACCCCAGCUCGCAAUAAUUCCAAUUCAACCUUGAAUACGUGUUACGCAAAUACUUCCACAACUGCCCCGAUAAGUGCCGUUAACACCAUGCUCAUUUCUUCAUCAUCAACAACUACAAUGACAACGCUUGCUACAUCGUCGUCAGUAUCGUCACCCGUGCAAUCGCCUUCGAAUUCAUCUUCUACUAAUAGUGUUUCAGCAUUAAGAGAUCAAUUGCGUUCCGGUUGUACGAUUACGCCACCACCUCCUCCGUCGGCUACAAUAACAAGUGGAAAAUCUUCGAAUUCCAAUAGUCCGCUGAGUAGCAAUAAAUCACCUAAACCGAUCAUUUUAAAUGGUGGACCGAUCAACCUAAUCAACGCACCACCACUACCACCGCAUCGAACUUGCCCAGCACCUUUACCACCACAAAGGCUAACGAGCAAUACUCCUGGCGGUGUUCCUCCUGUGCCACCUCAGCGUCACUCGUCAAUACGUCCUAAUGCUCCGGUUACACCACCUACGGGUAUUGUAAAUGCUCCCGCAUUUGGUGGUAUUACUACAAAUGCUAAUGUCGGUCGUUUAGUCAUUGAUUUGGAAGCAAAGUUUGGUAAACGUUUUCAUAACGUUACCGAAUUUCCUAAGCCUCCGCCAUUUGUAAAUAUACCAAAAGUGUAUCCUAGUCGAACAGUUAAAGCAACAAAUGUUACAACAACUGGUGGCAGUAACAAUAACAACAAUAGUAGCAGCAGUGAGAGCAAUACUAACCCAAUAUUAAUGGAUAAUAAUAACACGAGCAUAUCUUCAAUUAAUAUGUUAGCGAAGCCUUUACAACCCGCCGGUUAUCAGCCGCUAUUUAAAAAACAUCGAGCUCCCGCUCCGCCCCCGCCGCAGGCUGGUGUAGCAGCAGCCACAGUUUCCAUAAUUAGACAGUCAAGUUUUCUCUACGGCCCUGCCGGUUUAACCUCCCAACAGCAGUUACAGUAGAAAGAAUUAUGACAAAGAAAUUUUCAAAGAAAGUUUCACAACCAUCUCUCCAAUGACGUUAAAAUGAUAAUCUAUUCGUAAAACUAGGAAAUUAUGAGAAAAGACUUUUUCUUUAAAAAACAAAAAAAAAAAGACAUGCCUUUACUUCAGAUUACAUCUUUAUACUCCCGUAUCAUUUAUUGUGUUUAAUGUUAAUUUAUAAAAAAAAAGUAUUUAAUACUCUACUUUAAACGAAUAUUCUCUAACCUUAAGUAUACAGAGUUAACAAACGUAGUUAUUAUAAUAUUGUAUUAAACUUAAUUUAGUUAAAUUCUCUUUAUUGUUUGGCAACAGUCCGACCUUAGCACAAGUAGUUGUUUCAUAAUAGAUCGUAAGCACAAAUUAGCAAAUGUCUUAUCAGUUAUAAAUUAAAAAAAAAAAAAAAAAAAAAAAAAA